AUGACAGCUGUCAUCCCGCCCCCGUUCUCCGGCCGUGAACUCUUGAAUCCACCAACCGACGGGAUCUCGAACCUCCGGUUCUCCAAUCACAGCGACCACCUGCUCGUCUCCUCAUGGGACAAGAGUGUGAGAUUAUACGACGCGAGUGCUAAUGCUUUGCGAGGAGAGUUUAUGCACGGCGGGGCUGUGCUUGAUUGCUGCUUCCAUGACGAUUCUUCUGGUUUCAGUGCCAGCGCGGACAAUACUGUGCGACGGCUGGUUUUUAACUACGGAAAGGAGGAUAUUUUGGGAAGGCAUGAUGCGCCUGUUCGUUGUAUUGAGUACUCUUAUGCAGCAGGGCAAGUAAUCACUGGUAGCUGGGACAAAACACUUAAGUGUUGGGAUCCCAGAGGAGCUAGUGGACAAGAACGCACUCUCGUUGGCACAUAUCCACAACCUGAGCGUGUUUACUCUCUAUCACUUGUUGGAAAUCGUUUAGUAGUAGCUACUGCAGGAAGACACGUCAAUGUCUACGAUCUGCGAAAUAUGUCUCAACCUGAGCAAAGGAGAGAAUCCUCUUUGAAAUAUCAAACUCGAUGUGUGCGCUGCUACCCUAAUGGCACUGGAUACGCUCUCAGUUCUGUUGAAGGGCGAGUUGCAAUGGAGUUUUUUGAUCCUUCAGAGGCCAGCCAAGCAAAAAAAUAUGCAUUCAAGUGCCAUCGAAAAUCAGAGGCUGGAAGGGACAUUGUCUAUCCUGUAAAUGCAAUUGCUUUUCAUCCUGUCUAUGGUACAUUUGCAACUGGAGGUUGUGAUGGUUUUGUGAACGUAUGGGACGGGAACAACAAAAAGAGACUGUAUCAGUACUCAAAGUAUCCAUCAAGUAUUGCAGCACUUUCAUUUAGCAGAGACGGCCGUCUGUUGGCUGUGGCAUCAAGUUACACUUACGAAGAGGGAGAUAAACCUCAUGAGCCGGAUGCUAUCUUUGUAAGAAGUGUAAAUGAAAUAGAAGUCAAGCCAAAACCAAAAGCGUACCCCAACCCCCCAGCAUAA